AUGUCGUUGACCAACACAAAGACGGGCUUUUCUGUAAAGGACAUUUUGGACCUUCCUGACACAAAUGACGAAGAAGGAUCUAUCACCGGUGCGGAGGAAGACACGGAGGGAUCGGAGACCACAUCCACGACAAAAAACGCUGGAGUUUUGGUGCAAAGUCCACUAGAAAACGUUCAAAAUCUGCCUUUAAAGAACCCCUUUUAUGACAGUAGUGACAAUCCUUACACACGAUGGCUUGCUACUACGGACAGUAUUCAAUAUUCAUUGCACGGCCUAUCCGCCAGCUCUCAGGACUCGGCCAAGUCCCCGGAGCCGUCUGCGGACGACGAAUCGCCGGACAACGACAAGGAAACUUCCAGCAGCGGCGGCAGCGAUUCUGGCAAGAAGCGGAAAAGGAGGGUGUUGUUUUCUAAGGCGCAGACCUACGAGCUUGAGCGCCGCUUCAGACAGCAGAGGUACCUGUCCGCCCCGGAGAGGGAGCACCUGGCCAGCCUGAUCCGCCUCACCCCGACCCAGGUGAAGAUCUGGUUCCAGAAUCACCGGUAUAAGAUGAAGAGAGCCCGGGCCGAGAAAGGUAUGGAAGUGACCCAUCUCCCUUCUCCCAGGCGGGUGGCCGUGCCCGUCUUAGUCAGGGAUGGAAAGCCUUGUCACACUCUUAAAGCUCAGGACUUGGCGGCCACUUUUCAGGCCGGGAUCCCCUUCUCGGCUUAUAGUGCCCAGUCACUCCAACACAUGCAGUAUAACGCGCAGUACAGCGCCGCGGCCACGCCACAGUUCCCCACAGCACAUCACUUGGUGCAAACGCAACAGUGGACUUGGUGA